UUGAACAAAUUAUGUCGAUCUCAUGUGUAUCUCGGUGUAUCGAUAUAUCGCAAGAGCGCCACGUCGAUCUGAUGGCGCAGUAUCGAUGCGCGCAGCGAUAGCAAACAAUUUCAAAGUAGGAGCGUAGUGUUUUGAGUAUGUACGUUUAGGUUAGAAUAGCUGUUUUCGCAAUUAAAGGUAUUUCGCGCUGAUGCGGGACGAUGUCGCGCGACCGCUGCGAGACAUUCGGACAUUACACGUUGGCCGACGAUCGAACGUAACUUCACCGUACGAGGUUACCUGUCGCACGUGCCGGAGGACUGUCAUGGUGUGACGGACUGUCGAGGAGCAUUAUUCGCGACGCCCCUCGUCAGAGCGAUCCCGGUUAAGGUUAAAUCGUCGCUGGCCUGUCUCGACGUGGUGCACGUGCACAAUCAGCCCGAGAGAGAUGACCUCGAGCGAGGUGGGCGUAUUGCUCGGCGUCACCCGGGAGGACGUCAACUGGCGGAAAGAUAUAAUUUCGCAGCUACGCGAAAGGAACAGAUCGCAGACCAGUUGCUUCGCGGAUCUCAUUAGCCUACACAAUAGAUUAUUUGAAAAUGCAAAUACACUGCGAAACACAAAUAUGCAGUUGACAAUUGCAAACGAGACUCUCCGUCGUGAAGUAGCCAAUGGUAGCAUUGGCAUAGGUGGAAACUCCGACCUUGAAGGUAGACUGUUGAAGCAAGCGGAGGAAUUGGCAAUGCUACACAAGAGGAAAGGGGAGCAUACGCAACAAAUAGUAGAUCUUAAUAAUAAAUUGCAGGAAAUGACAAAAGAACUGCAAGCAAAGGAAGCUAGCCUCGCAGAAAGUUCGGAAGCUAAUACUAACUUACGUUUAGAAGUAACUAAAUGCCUUGGUAGAGAGAAAGAUAUAGAAGGUAUUAAUCAGAUGCUCAAGGAUGAACAUCAAGCCUUACAACUUGCUUUUGCAUCUUUAGAAGAAAAGCUUAGGAAAACACAGGAAGAAAAUCGACAGCUGAUCGAGCGCUUAAUAAAAUAUAAAGCCAGAGACGCGGAAAAGAUGAAUGAAGAAAAUGAUAACUUUUUAAGUUUUACGAGCCCAACAGCCUUUUUGAUGCAUACCUUAUCAAAAUUUGGGAAGAGACAGGCAAAGAUGCAAAAGGAAUUGGAAGAUGCAGCACGAGAUACGCGACCUGUUAGUCCUGAUCGUUUAAGCUUAAAAGAAGUUGCUGGUCUUCCGACAGCAGUGCCAACGAAAGUAUCCGUAACGUUUAGUGCCCAUGAGGGGGAAGUACACGCUGUUAAAUGGUCGCCUACUGAUAGAACAUUGGCUACUGGAGGUGGUGACAGGAAGGUGAAGCUUUGGAAUAUUACUAAAGGCACGUCGGAGAGCAAGGGCAUCCUUGCUGGCAGCAACGCCAGCGUGAUGUCGGUGGACUUCGACUCGACGGGUACCCUUAUUCUCGGAGCGUCCAACGAUUAUGCGAGCCGCGUCUGGACCGUCAACGAUCUUCGCCUAAAGCACACACUCACGGGCCACUGCGCAAAGGUGAUGGCGGCAAAGUUUCUUGGCGAGCCGUCGAAAGUAGUUACGGGAAGUUAUGAUCGGACUUUAAAAAUCUGGGAUCUGCGCAGCAAAGCAUGUAUAGAAACGAAAUUUGCUGGUUCGAGUUGCAAUGAUCUCGUAACUUCCGACGGAGCUGGCUCUACGAUAAUCAGCGGUCAUUUUGAUCAAAGGAUCAGGUUUUGGGAUACCAGAGCCGAAUCCAGCUCAAAUGACAUUCUACUGGAAGGAAAAGUGACGUCUCUAGAUUUAUCUCGCGACGCAAAUUACCUUUUGAGUUGCGUGAGGGAUGACACGGUAAAACUGAUUGAUUUACGAAUGAAGAAGAUUGUCGGAUCGUUCAGCGCUGAUGGUUUCAAAGUGGGAUUCGAUUGGACGAGAGCCGUUUUCAGUCCUGACGGCCAGUAUAUAGCGGUUGGUUCUGCGGACGGUUCCGUUUUCAUUUGGUCUAUAGCGACGAACAUGAUCGAGACAAUAUUAAAGGGGCACACGGCAGCAGUGGCGGCCGUGUCUUGGCAUCCGCACGGCACGUAUCUAGCGUCUGUCGAUCGUGCCAAGACGGUGACAGUUUGGGGCGACCAUGUUUGACAGGAUGUGUGAUCCCGGGACAGACGAUUGCUGUUUCACGCGUGAGGACCUCGCGUUUUUCACCCUAGCCGUGAAAAUGAAGCGAACGCGCGCCCGCGUUGAUCCCCGUGAGUGAAGCCCGCAGUGAGCGCCCCAGUGGGAUAAUCAAAAUCAUCGGUCGGUUUGACCGCGCGGGUUAUAAAACCUUGUAAGGACGCAGUUUCGAAAUUGUAGAGCGCAGACAUCGCACUGAACAAAUCUAUGGCAGUGGUGUGGAACGAUUGUACAUAAGAUUGCACUUAUUGUUACUUCCAGGUUGUAAAGAUUCCCCAUUUAGAACGAUACCCUGCGCGCCAUGUGCCGCGCCGCGUCUGUCCCCAGGAAAUUUAAGAAAUUAUCGUAGUAACUGGUGUUUUUCCGAGACUCACUAGGUGUAAGAUUUCUUUUGCUAACUAUAAAGGACACGGUUGCGUGUCGAUUGUCUGUGCGGGAAGAUUUGGUCUUGGGGUUGUAAGUGUCGAUAUACGAUAUCCAUGGUGCUACGGCAAGAUGUUUACACGGGUUGACGUUUGCAGGACACGCUAAAGUUAUUAUUUCUUUUUCUUUACGUCCCAGAGAAAGUCAAUUAUUAUAUAUUGUAUAUCCUUUAAGAGAAUCGAAUCCCGUUGGCAUUCGAGCGGGAUAAAUGAUUAAUAUUUUUCGGAACAUAGAGAGGUGAAGAGACAGUGCUAAAUGGAAACGCGCUAGAUUUGAAUGAGAUUAUUUCCCCAGAAUUAACUGCGCAUUAUUAUUAGAGGCAGUGAAUAUUUUCAGUUUAAAUGUCUGCAGCGAGAAGAAACUGGUUUAGUUUGGUUACACGUUUUAGAUAUAUCGGAGGAAUCCGAAAGAUACUUUUUAUAGUGCAAAAUUAAUUCUGAGAUGGAGUAAUCUUAGUUUAACUUGUGGCACUAUAAUUUGAUUCGUCACUAGACUCUCCGACAUUACAGAAACGAUGUCUCAAUACAAGUCUGAUAGAAUGGAAAUCAGAAUCUAGGGAUUAAGCAAACAAGCACAAUAACGGUACGAUAUUGAUAUUAAUUAAUGCCUUAUGCAUGAUUUGUAUAAUUAACGUUAGGAUAUCAUAUGUCAAUCGAAGUUGAUCGCUAUUUCCAUUGAUGAAUGAGACGAUUGGCUAAUUAAAAUUAUUUAUCUGCAAUUGUUUUAUUGCAAAAUAAGCUAUUGGAUAUUAAGCUUUAGGGGAAAUAAGUAUUUGAUCGAAGAGACUUUACAAAGUGGUAAUAUAAUCUGGAUUUCUACAACAUUGGACUUUCGCCAUUAUAAUAGUUUCUUAAGUACCGUAACAACUGUUUUCAGUGAUUGUUAUAAUUAUAAUUUUCGUAUUGCAUUAAUUUUUAUUAUAAUACAUUAUACACUCAGGAAUAACGGAUUUAUUAACGCUCUUAUAUAUUCGGUUUUAUAAUUAAUUAUCACACACAGAUUUCUACUACCCGCGAGUGCUUUUGUAUUUUAUUAUUUUUUUCACGGUACUCUUCGAUCGACUGUUUGAUACUUAUUAUAAAUGUAUUUGCGUAACAACGUAAUAUCUGGAAAACACUGGCGUGAAUUAAAAAUUUAUGUAUACUGUUCUGUGAAUUAAAAAUUUAUGUCUACUGUUCUGUGAAUUACACAAUAUAAAUAAUUAAAUAAUCCUUUAAUGCGCUUUUAUGUACCACGUUAAAUCAUCACAUGCAAUACUUUUUUAUUUGCAAUUUAUUACUAAAACCGAUUGGCUUCCAAUUAUCGUACAGAGAAAUUGGUCAUUGAUUUGCAUGAUAUUAACGGAAAAUUUCAUUUCUCAAUAUCGAGCGUUUUUCAUCUUUCGGCGAUGUUUUUAAAAUGAGGAUAAAAAUCCUUUCGGGUAAUGUUCCAAAGAAAUAAUGUCUUGUUGAAAUUUUUAAUGGAAAAAUCAUUAAAUCACAAAACUCUUAUCUCCACAAUUUUAUAUGUAUGUAAAUACUGUAAGAUUAUACACUACACUUUUGUAAAUUACAUACUAGGUCUUUGGGAAAACCAACCGAACAUUUUUAUAUCUAACUCUGGCAAAAAGAAAUAUAUUGUACAUUUUUCAAUGAAUUUUUUGCUCGAAUGAGAAUUUUCCGAUAUCACAGAAUAUAAAAUCGCAAUUCAAUUUUUACUAAACUGUAAAGUACGAUUGUUCAAGCCAAAAAAUGCUAGCAACUUUUACAUGAAACUUUCGUUGAAUCGUAUAGGCGAGUGUAAUUUUUGGGUUAAAAUAUUUUUCUGUACUUCACAAUUAUUUCAUUGCAUUUCACUUAAUACUGCAAACCAAUGAUCAUGCCUCUUCGUCACUGCAACAAUAACUCCUGGCUCGCGUUUCGAGCGGCCAACCGAUUGCGUCCAAAGUAUUGUGUAUGAUUUUAAUACUGUACACUUACACCACAUUUUCGUUUAUUACGCUAACACACUGUACUCUGUAUUUUCUCUGUAUACAGUACUGUAACAACAGUCUUAGCCGAAAUGCUAAAUACGUUGUUCAUAUAUGUAAAUAUAUAUUAAACGUUCCCUUCUUGUAUUUUGUAAAAAAAA